CUCAACCCAGAUAAAUAUAACCUUCAACUUCCCAUUUCCCAAAGCCGCCUUCUUCUCCCGUCCAAAGAAAAACAAAAAGAUGCUAGUUCUUACCAACAGACUAUCCCGUGCUCUUUGGUCAGUUGCUUUUUCUUCUUCUUCCACAAAGAUUUCUUCAAGAGGUGUUUCCACUUUCAUUCAAUCCAAACACUGCCUUCCAAAUAGCGAAUCUCGGUAUUCUUCUCUGUUUGCUUCGCCAUGGUCCGCUACUCAACUCCGCGGUGCCAAAUUUCGCGGUGACGAUUUGAAGCCAGGAAACGUGAUUGAAAAAAAAGGAAGGAUGUAUCAGGUGGUAAAGGCACAACACUCAACCCAAGGAAGAGGAGGAGCUAUUAUACAGGUGGAGCUCCGUGAUGUUGAUAGUGGAAGCAAGUCUAAUGAAAGAUUUCGUACAGAUGAACCUGUUGAAAGAGUAUUUGUUGCAGAAAAGAGUUUCACAUACCUUUAUACAGAUGAUGAAACUGGAAACAUUGUGCUAAUGGAGCCUGAGACCUAUGAGCAACUAGAUGUACCAAAACACUUGUUUGGGGAAAGUUAUGUUUACCUUCAAGAUGAUAUGAAUGUCAAUUUACAACUGUAUGAUGGAAGAGCAAUGUCUGCAUCAAUUCCUACACGAGCAACAUGUACUGUUGCUGAAUCUGAAAUGCCCAUGAGGGCAUCAGCUACUCCACAGUAUAAGAAGGUUUUUUUGGACAAUGGUCUUACUGUGCAGGUACCGAAACACAUCGUAGAAGGAGACAAGAUUAUCGUUAACACCGCCGACCACUCUUACAUGAGCAGAGCUUAGCAGUGGAACUUUUUACUGGAUAUCUUCAUUCUUCCGAAUGAGAAGAUCAGUGAACUAUUGACUAUUGACAAGCAUGGUUUUGAGUUAUAUCUACUAUUUGACAAGUAGUUGGAGCUUGUUAGAAUCCAAGUUAUAGCACAGAUAUUUUUAGAAGAGUAUUUACAUGAUUGGAAACACAAUUUUAAGUUUUCCCUUAAAAGCCCUUGUUUAUUGCGGGGGAGGGUAUAUUUAUAGGAAUAAAGAUCACUCCAGUUGAUGCUGUUUGCUGGCUCCUUCUCUGUCCAAGCAUCUUUGGUCCAAUGGCUUAAAAUGCAAGUUAUUUACUGUCUUUAAUUUUUUUUUUUAAUGGCUUUAGCAUCCCGAUCAGCUUGUGCACCUCAAUACUUCCACCCCAUGCUAGUAAAUGUCUAUCACCAGAAUAUUCAUAUUUAGAGAUGAUGCUGUAAAAUUGAUACUAUGUUUACUUUU